AUUUUCUCUCGCCGCCGCUAGGGUUUUCCCUCAGCGGCGUGCGAGCUUCUCACCACCUUGGUGCUUCUCCCUGGGCGUGGGCACGGGGCGCCAGUAUGGGCGUGGGCGAGGGCGAAGGCGCGGGCUUGGGGCGAGGCAAGGGUAGGGGUGUGGUGCAGCAGGAGACUAGCCUGGGUGCAGCAGGAGGCUUGUUUGGGUGGAUCCUGUGUUUUCCAGAUCUAGAAGCGUUUGUUUUCCUACACAUGCUAAGCGUCGUAUUCCUCUCUGAAACACUACGCUCCAAUAUUGCAAUGCCUCUGUUUUGCUUAGAUCUAGGGUAUCAAAGUGGUAAUCAUUGGAGGCUGAUUGGGUUUUUUGGUAGUAAACCAAAGGAAAAGGAUGAGGUUGGUGUAGUCGUUACAGGGGAAAUUGCCUUUUCAGUCUCAAAAGGGGCUCUAGUUCCCUUAUUGAAAUUUGGCAACAAGGGUUUGCAAAGGAUUGCAAUAGUUAGGGCAUGGUUAGGAGCCCAUGGUUAUGCUUCUGUCCUUCAUUUGGCUAUAAUGCCUUGCUAGAGAUUCUUAUGUAAUCUCUUGAUAUUUAAUAUAAUUCUCUAUUUCUU